AUGGAGGCCAAAAUUGUGUUGCUCGGCGCCCAAAGCGUCGGCAAAACCUCGCUGGUUCUGCGCUAUGUCGACGAUGCGUUCGAGGAUGCCGUCUCCUCUACCAUUGGUGCCUCUUUUUUCACUCAUAAACUGACUGUGGAUGGUUGCCGCGUCAAGCUACAGCUUUGGGAUACCGCAGGCCAGGAGCGUUUCCGCAGCAUGGCGCCCAUGUACUAUCGCGGUUCUUCCGCGGCAUUGAUUGUUUAUGACGUAACAACACCAAAGUCGUUGGAUGAGGUCAAAGGCUGGAUGGCUGAGCUGCAACGCAACACGGACACAAGCACGGUCAUGUGCAUUUGUGCAAAUAAAGUGGAUCUGCUCAAGGACGACGCUCACCUUGUUGAGAAAGGGCGCUCAUAUGCCAAGCAGACAAAUGCCAUCUUUUUUGAAACCUCAGCCAAGACGGGUGCAGGCAUUAACGAGGCAUUUAUGGCAGUUGUGCGCGAGCUCAUCUCCUCCAAGCGCCUGACCCCCGCAGCAGAUCAAGCCGAUGCCAUCAAACUAGCACAAGUGUCUGACAACACUGAGAAGAAAGGAUGUUGCUGA